AUGUGCCUAAGUGAAAGUUCUCUCUCUCUAUAUAUAUAUAUAUAUUCACAUCAUAUUCUCACUUUCUCUUCGCAUCACUCAAUUAAUCAAAUUUUUCAAAGAUGGCUCAAGAUGGUUCACUUGAACAGUUUCUUGAUGUUGCAGUUGAAGCAGCUAAGAAAGCUGGAGAUGUAAUUCGCCAAGGAUUUCACCAGACUAAGAAUGUGGAGCACAAAGGAGUGGUGGAUUUAGUCACAGAGACUGAUAAGGCAUGUGAAGAUCUCAUUUUUAAUCAUCUCAAGCAACAUUUCCCAAGUCAUAAGUUCAUCGGUGAAGAAACAACUGCUGCUUGUGGCAAUUUUGAGCUGACCGAUGAACCAACUUGGAUAGUUGAUCCACUCGACGGAACGACUAACUUUGUGCAUGGGUUUCCUUUUGUCUGUGUAUCAAUUGGUCUUACAAUUGGAAAGAUUCCGACAGUUGGUGUUGUUUACAACCCAAUUAUUGAUGAGCUUUUCACUGCAAUCAACGGGAAAGGUGCUUUUCUCAAUGGGAAGCCUAUCAAAGUAUCUUCACAGUCUGAACUUGUGAAGGCUCUUCUUGCUACGGAGGCUGGAACGAAGCGGGAUAGGUUAACUCUAGAUGCUACUACAGGGAGAAUCAAUAGCUUGCUUUUCAAGGUCAGGUCCCUCCGGAUGUGCGGCUCUUGUGCAUUGAAUCUCUGUGGGGUGGCAUGUGGAAGGCUUGAUCUCUUCUAUGAACUUGAAUUUGGAGGCCCUUGGGAUGUGGCAGGUGGUGCUGUGAUAGUGAAAGAAGCUGGAGGUUUCGUGUUUGAUCCAUCUGGUUCAGAAUUUGACCUCACAGCUCGACGUGUAGCUGCUACAAACGCUCAUCUCAAGGAUGCAUUUAUCAAGGCCUUGAAUGAAUCAGAAUGAGAAGAAGCUACCACCAGAACCAGUUCUAAUUUCAUCAUUAAACGGGAUAUAGCUAUUCGUAUCCUGACUCCAUCUUCAGGAUUCAAUCAUUAUUUAGCCAAGAAACAUUCACUUCUUACCAUUUAUUGCUGGUUUUAAUUAACCAGGCAAGUCAUCUGUACUAUCCUUUUCAAUAUACAGAGACCAUAUAAUGUUAUAGAUUUGGUUCUUUAGUGUAAGAAGCUUCCUGAAAGGCCAAUUUCCGUCGUCGACAUCAGUUUGUUUGAUGGAAAGUGACUUCAAUGACAUAUUAUGUAAUGGGAUAGAUUUUGUUCUAUAGUAUAAGAAGCUUCCUAUAAGGCCUAUUUCUGCCAAAGACAUCAGUUUGUUUGAUACAAAAAGACUUCAUUGAUAUAACUUCUCUUCAAUCUUAUCAUUGUCAAA